GCUGUGAAAGCUUCAAUUGUGUCUCAAUUGCAAGCCAUGACCGAGAAUAUGCAGAGUUUGGUGGGAAGAAACGCCGUUUUGGAGAAUUCACUAUCCACCGCCAAAAUCGAGCUCGAAGGUUUGAGGAAAAAAUCGAAAGGGUUAGAAGAGAUUCGCGAAUUGCUCAAGAACGAAAGAUCGUGUCUUUUGACCGAAAGGGGCAGUUUAGUUUCGAAGUUGGAAAAUGUGGAGAGAAGGCUGCAGAUUUUGGAGGAAAAAAUUAUGGGGUUGGAAGAAAAAUACACUGAUUUAGAGAAAGAGAAAGAAGCCAUGCACGAUCAAGUCGAAAAGUUCAAGGUUUCGUUGGACGAGGAAAAUCAAGAACGGACAAGCUCUCGGACUUUGAGCAAAGCCCGAUUGACCGGGCUCGAAAAUCAAAUCAAUCUCCUUAAAGAAGAGAACACGUGUAAGAAAAAGGAAACAGAGCAAGAACCCGAUAAAGCUUUGAAAGCGCAGUUCGAAAUAUCCAUCUUGCAUAAAUUUAUAAAAGAUAUGGAAGAGAAGAACUACUCUCUCAUUAUUGAGUGUCAAAAGCACGUCGAGGCAUCGAAAUUGGCGGAGAAAUUGACAUCCGAACUGGAGGGUGAAAGUCUUGAGCAGCAAGUUGAAUCUGAGCUCCUAUUGGAUGAAAUCGAGAGGCUGAGAUUGGGAAUAUAUCAAAUUUUUAGGGGAUUGGGAAUUGCUCCUGAGGAAAAGGUUGUCGAAAACGAACAAACUUUCUUGCAUUGCAUUCUUGAAAGUAUUGAAGAUACGAAAUGUUCUCUUUCGGAAUACGAGGAUGAAAAGCAAGAGCUCUUGGUUAAAAACUCGGUUCUUUUAACUCUUCUUGAAUAG